AUGUUGAUUCGAAGAUUGAUGUCCUCUUUACGGCUCAGAAGGCGAAGAGGGUCAGAGGCCUCGGUCUCGUCCGUCUCUAGUGUGGAACAAGAAAUCGAAGCCGGCAACAUUAAUCCUGCCAAGCUGGCCAGUACGGUCAAAGAGAGAUUUGCAGAAGGCGAAUUCACCAUCACUGUGGAAAUCGAUGCCUGCCGCUACACAGGUGAAGGCUGA